CGAAUCAAUGAAACUUAUGAAAGCGGCGCUUUGAAGUUGUUUCGCCGCUGCAGUGAUAAAAGCGUCUCGGAUGAAGAAAUGUGACAAGAUUCUCAGCAGACUCCGCGCGACAUCACAUGGCAACAUCAUUCCGCCUGAUCUGAACCCUUUAUAAACACUCGCGAAAGUCUCUCUGUAGGAGGCAACAGGCGACGUGGUAACAGCAAUGAUUUACAUCGCAACCACAGGAUGGAGUUAUUUAUCUGGGAAUGACUGUUAUUUUUAAUGUCAAAGCAGGAGUGAAGGCCCUUAUUGUGAAUGACUGAAGUAAUGGCGUACCGGAUCCUACUUAAUUGGAGAAUCUGGAUGUUGGUUCCACUGGCUCUGGAUCAUCUCACUCAUGCUGAAGAUCUGAAGCCCACCAGAUGGCCUCUUUACACUCAGAAGCCGCUGGUUCUCGUCUGGAACGCCCCGACAGAAGACUGCAGGCCUCGCCACAAAGUCAAUUUCCAGCUUGAUCAGUUUCAGAUCGUGUCGUCUCCUAAUGAGGGCUUCACCAAGCAGAACCUCACCAUCUUCUCCAAAGACCGUCUGGGCUUGUAUCCACACUUUGAGCACGGUAUCGCCAUCAAUGGUGGACUACCGCAGAUUGCCAGCCUCACGCAUCACCAAGAGAAGAUGCCAGAGGGAAUUGAGAAGUACAUUCGUGACCCGUUCGCACGAGGUCUGGCUGUCAUCGACUGGGAUGAGUGGCGUCCACUGUGGAUACGUAAUUGGGAAGCCAAACACAUAUACAAGAACCAGUCACUUCGCUUAGUGACCCAGAAAAACCCGAACUGGAAUUUUAGUCAGAUAAACAGAGUGGCCCAGCAGGAGUUUGAGAUGUCCAGCCGCAAAUUCAUGCUAGAGACGUUGCGGCUGGCCAAAAGCUUGCGUCCCAACCAGCUGUGGGGCUUCUACCUCUUUCCUGACUGCUACAACCACGACUAUCGCAACAGCUUGGAUCACUACACGGGCCGCUGCCCGGAUGUUGAGGUGGCCCGGAACGACCAGCUGAAGUGGCUGUGGACUGAAAGCACAGCCCUGUUUCCUUCAAUAUACAUGGGCUCUGUGUUGCGUUCAACAUCCUUCGGGCGGCAGUUUGUCCGAAACCGGGUGAAAGAGGGAAUGAGAUUGGCAUCAGUGGGAGAGGGACUUGCACGUCCUGUUUUUGUCUACAGCCGCCCUACUUAUGCCAAUGAGCUGGAAUUGCUGACAGAGACAGAUUUGGUGUCCACCAUUGGAGAAAGUGUGGCCCUGGGCGCAGCUGGUAUCGUGCUCUGGGGCGAUGCCACAUAUGCCAGCAGCAAUGCCAGUUGUUCCAGUAUAAACCAGUUCUUGCGGGGUCCACUGGGACGAUACCUCCUCAACGUCUCCACAGCAGCUGAGGAGUGCAGUCACUUCCUGUGCAGUUUCCACGGCCGGUGUCUGCGCAGACAUCCGGACACGGACACGUAUCUCCAUCUUGACCCACAGACGCACACAAUAGUUGGCCAGGGGAGUGAACUGCAUGUGAAGGGAGAAGUGAGCGUGGAAGAGCGACGGCGGAUGAUUGAAGACUUUCAGUGCCAGUGUUAUAGCGGGUAUCAGGGCGAGAGAUGUGACAUUGAGGACCCUCUUCAGCAGCGGGGAGACGGACAUGCACUAAAAGCAAUAUGGAUCCUUCUCAGUCCGUUGCUGCUUCAUUUACUGACAUGAACACACCUCAACUGGCACUGGUUUUCUUGCAUAUGAAAUGUUUCACUGCUUUGUCGCUCCAAAUGCUGUUCUGAAAAGGUCUUUCAUGAAGUCAUGUGGGUGAGCUUGAAAUUGAAACAAAAUUGAAAAACACAGGAAACUCGAAGUUCCUUGGAGUUUAAAUAAGCACUUUUGUUUGUUGCCACACGUUACUCACACACAAUUUGAGUCAGAUGUAGGAUAUUGUGCAACAGGACAAUUUAUGAGAAGACAUUUUAUCCAAAAAUCAGAUAGUUUAGUCUUGAUUUGAGUCAUCGAUCAAACAAUUUGAACAGGUGGACAUCUGUUUAUGUGUCCGUCUGAAUUUAAGGCUUGCGACUAUAAAGAUGCUGGUUAUGUAACACUAGGGUGCAAAUGUCAAAUGUAGUUAAGCAUAUACACAAGUAUGAUUUUAAUAGGUGGAACUAGUGGAUUUGAGCAAGCCUUAAAGGAACAGUUCCACCUGAAAUGAAAAUUCUGUCAUUAUUUACUUAAUAUUAAAGAGGCCAUAUGAUGCUA